AACACUUAGGCUUCUCUAUAUAAUGCUCUUUCUCGCUUAGGCUAAUUCACCAUCAUCGAUACUCAGAAGUCAGAACUCAAAUCAACUUAGGAAAAUGAGGUUUUCUCAUUCAUUUUCUUGUAGUGCCAUGGGAGCCCUAAUCUUGGGUUGCCUUCUGCUUCAAGCAUCAAACUCUAAUGCUCAGCUGAGGCCUGAUUUCUAUUUCAGAACAUGCCGGCAAGUUUUCGAUAUCAUUGGGAAUGUCAUCGUUGAUGAAUUGAGCUCUGAUCCUCGUAUUGCCGCUAGCCUCCUUCGCCUUCACUUCCAUGACUGUUUUGUUAAUGGCUGUGAUGCAUCGAUCCUGCUAGACAAUUCCACAUCGUUCAGGACAGAGAAAGAUGCUGCUCCAAACGCAAAUUCGGCUAGAGGGUUUAAUGUCAUCGAUAGAAUGAAAGACGAGAUUGAGUUAGCGUGCCCAAGAACAGUGUCUUGUGCAGAUAUUCUCACCAUCGCUUCUCAAAUAUCAGUUCUUUUGUCGGGAGGUCCAUGGUGGCCAGUUCCAUUGGGAAGGAGAGACAGCUUACGAGCUUUCUUCGAUCUGGCGAAUACAGCUCUCCCUUCUCCAUUUUUCACUCUUGAUCAACUUAAAAAAAGUUUUGCUGAUGUUGGCCUGAAUCGCCCCUCAGAUCUAGUCGCUCUUUCUGGUGGUCACACAUUUGGAAGGGCACAAUGUCAAUUUGUGACACCUCGUCUCUACAACUUCAAUGGUACCAAUAGGCCCGACCCGAGUCUAAACCCAACUUACCGCGACCAACUCCGUCGAUUGUGCCCUCAAAACGGAAAUGGCACUGUUCUGGUCAACUUCGAUCCUGUGACUCCAGAUGGUUUUGAUCAACAAUACUACACCAAUCUUCGUCAAGGGAAAGGACUGAUUCAGAGUGAUCAAGAACUGUUCUCGACUCCAAGAGCAGACACGAUUCCACUAGUGGAGCAAUACAGCAAUAACAGGUUCGUGUUCUUUCAAGCAUUCGCUGAAGCAAUGAUUCGGAUGGGAAAUCUUAAACCUUUGACUGGAACUCAAGGUGAGAUAAGACAGAACUGUAGGGUUGUGAACUCAAGGAUCAGGAGUGUGAAGAAUGAAGAUCAUGGUGUUGUGAGUUCGAUUUGAUCAUGCUGGGGAUAUGAAUAUGUAAGAAAAAUAUAAAAAUGAGUGGGGAACAACAUAUGUAUUUCGACUAAAUAAAUGUUCACACCAGUUAUGAGAUUACUAUGAUAUGA